UAAAAAUUAGUAUUAUUGGUAUUAUUCGUGUUGUGUCUGUUGAGUAAUACACAUCUCUAGUAGACAAGCUAAAAGACUUAAAAAUGGCCCCAAAAGUUUAUGGUAUAGAUUUUAGUCCUCCGGUUCGAGGUGUUUUAUUAACAGCCAAAGCAAUUGACUUGGAUAUAGAAUACAUUCAAGUGGAUUUAUUUUCUAGAGAACAUAUGAAACCAGAAUUUACAAAGAUGAAUCCUCAACAUACAGUUCCAACAUUAGACGAUGAUGGAUUUUAUCUAUGGGAUAGUCAUGCUAUAGCAACAUACCUUGUUAGUAAAUACGCAAAAGAUGAUUCAUUGUAUCCAAAAGAUUUGAAGAAAAGAGCAAUAGUCGAUCGUUUACUUCAUUUUGAUUCUGGAAUUUUAUUUCCUAGAGCCCGUGGUAUAUCCUUUCCUAUUAUGUUUCUCAAUGAAAAAACAAUUCCAGAAGAAAAGAAGGCAGGAAUUUAUGAGGCGUUUGACUUUCUUGAAUCAUUUUUCGAUGGAAAUUCUUGGAUUGCUGGAAAUCAAAUGACUGUUGCCGAUUUAUGUAUCAUCCCAGUCGUAUCCACAUUAGUAUGUCUCAUUCCAAUUGAAGAGUCAAAAUAUCCAAAAUUAUUAGCUUGGAUUGAAAAAUGUAAAGGUUUACCGUAUUUCGCAGAAUGUAAUAAUCCUGGUAAUGAUGGCCUUGUUGCACAACUGAAAGAGUUACUUUCAUCUAAGAUAUACCUAAAAAUGGCCCCAAAAGUUUAUGGUACAACUUUAAGUUUUCCGGUUCGAGCUGUUUUAUUAACAGUCAAAGCAAUUGACUUGGAUAUAGAAUUCAUAAAAGUAAAUUUACUGGAUGGAGAUCACAAAAAACCUGAAUUCACAAAGAUGAAUCCACAACAUACGGUUCCAACUUUAGACGAUGAUGGAUUUUAUCUAUGGGAUAGUCAUGCUAUAGUAACAUAUCUUGUUAGUAAAUACGCAAAAGAUGAUUCAUUGUAUCCAAAAGAUUUGAAGAAAAGAGCAAUAGUCGAUCGUCUACUUCAUUUCGAUUCGGGAAUUAUAUUUCCCAGGUCACGAAGUAUAUUCUAUCCUAUUUUCAUGUGCAAAGAAAAAACAAUUUCAGAAGAAAAAAAGAAAGCAAUUUAUGAAGCGUAUGAUUUUCUUGAAUCAUUUUUGUAUGCAAAUUCUUGGAUUGCUGGAAAUGAAUUAACUGUUGCUGAUUUAUGCAUCAUACCUGCCAUUACCUCAUUGGAAGCUUUCAUUCCAAUUCAAGAAUCGAAAUAUCCAAAAUUAUCAGCUUGGAUUGAACAAUGCAAGCGUUUACCAUAUUAUGCAGAGUGGAAUAAGCCUGGUUGUGAUGCACUUAUUGAAAAUGUGAAUGAAUUACUUUCAUCUUAAUAAUGCACACCUUUAACAUAAAAUUAAAUCUACCUUAAUAAUAAACAAGUGAAAAUAACAA